UUUAUUCGCUAACACCGAAGUGUAAUAUCAAACUAGUCAAAUUGUUCCCUGGUAGUCAUGCAUAAAUCCAUUGAGUAUUGAAUAUUAAUUAUUUAGCUUAAAUUUAGUUAGCUGUUCGAUAAAUGAUCAUCAGCUGGUCAAUGCUGACAAUAAAAAUUAUCUGGAGCGCAUUCACGGGAAAUAUAUGCAUCAAAUGACCAAGUGAAUAAUAUUGAAUCACACUCAGUAUAAGAGUAAGUUAAUCUUCAGUAUCGAUUUUUAUUUCUUUAAAAUUUGAAAAUGAUUCUGUCAAUAAAUAAUCAAUUGAGGUGAUUUGCAAUUCAGUUAUUAGUGAAGCAGUAGUAUGACUGAUUCAAGGAAGAGAAUUUGCCGUUACUUUAACACUGUAGGAGGUUGCUGGUAUGGAGACUGUUGUAGAUUUCUACAUAUCCCAAAUAAGAAGCCACCAUGUAUAUUUUAUGACUUAUCAACUGGAUGUCGCUAUGGAGAAAGUUGUCAUUUUGCACAUGACAGAACACCUCUAAAAUCGGUUGAGAAUUAUGAUAACAAUGGUUGUAUCGAGUCAAUAAAAGACAUUCUGAAGGCGAAUAUGACUUUGAAGGAAUUAACUGGGACAAACAAUAAUGAUAUGACACGAUCAGUUUUAAACGGCAAGCAAGAGAAAACAGUAGAAAAUGUAUCGGAUUUAGUACAAGAUAAAAAUAAUGCAAAUGCCAUUGGUAAGCACGAUCGGUCUAUCCAGAAUGUUUCAAUCAAUUUGGAUGAGGACAGCACAGAAUUCGAAAGUUUGAAUGUAUCCACCACCAGUAAUUUGAUCGGUACAAACGAAACGAGUCAUUUCGAAUCUACACCAUGUACUGCAUGUGGUGACGAUCCUUCAGUGAAAACUGACGAUGCACUUAAUUACGUGUGCAACGUCGACAAAGCUUCAACUGAUCAAGCCGUCAAAGAAAAUAGUCAAAAUCAUAUCAAAUCUGCAGUAUCUGGACAUUCACAAAACUUGCAUGGAAAUGAGAUGCAUUGUGGUUCCUGCAGACAAGUUCUUGUGAAUAGUAAAAAUGAAAGUUAUUGCACAGUACUGAAAAAUCAUUACUUAGACUGUUUUUUGGAUAAAGGAGAUCAUGUGAAAUAUGUGAAGAUAAGGGCUGCACUAGAACCUGGACAAAUAUUUUGGUGCAAAUCAUGUAUAUUAAUAUUUGAGAAGCCUUGGUCAUUGUUUCAGCAUAUGGCUGAUAAAGCUAAAGGAAGCAAAAUUCAACAGUUGGAAAAGAAAUUACAUUUUGAUUGGUUGGAUAAUGUAGCUGGAUUAAUGGCUGGUUAUGACCUUGGUUUGUUCAGUCCCACAAAACUGGGAAUCGAUCUACGCAACUUACUAACAGACCAACAUGUCGCCGGUGAAGAACUGGAGGCAGCAGCUGUAACAACGGCAGCAUUGAUGCAGUGGCUGACCCUGUUAAUCAGCUCAUGGCGUUUGAAACAACGAGAAUCGAUGCGCAGGGUUGAACAGUUUAACAGACAAAUGCUUCGUAGAGUAAAUCGCAGUUUGAAUACUGGAUAUAGUAUUUGCAAUGCAAGAGCUGUACUGCCCACUACUCGUAUAAAAGAACUAGACAAAAAUGUUGAAAUUGUAGAUACCAACAACACUAAUAGCGCUCUGAUGACGUCGAUUCUGAACAAUCGUCAUGUUAGUGGAUUCCACGGAACAGAGUCGAAACGUGCUCCUGCUUUUUCCAAUGAUUCAAGUAUCUGUAGAAGUAAAAUACCUAAUAUUUUGUCACAGUGAGUCCGAAAUAUUUCAGAGAAUCAUCAUUUAGAUAUCAGCAUUUCAGACGAAACUCCAGCACUCCUACUUCCGAUCAUGAUUCGAUUUAUGGGUCUUCUCACUAUAAUAUAGUGUUCACCGCAAACACGAAUUGUAUGGACCAGAAAAUCAAUGGAACACUACUAAACCAUGGAAUAAGUGACUGCGUUCUAGAAGUAUGAAACCACGGUGUGUUGGAUGGAGCAAGUGCUUCACCUGGCAUUCUGAGAGUGGACCAGAUCAUUUGUUAGAUCGUCGAGGUUUUCAUCAACUGAAUUUCUACGUUUCUGUUGAUUGAUUUAUAGAUUGACCAUGGAAGUGCAUGUGUCCUGGUCGUAUGGCGCUUUGUUUAGCUUUGUGAAUACGGAUAGUCAUUUUUGCCUCGUAGUUCAUCACAACCAGCUUACACAUACCGUAAAUUCAUCAUCUCUGUUCUGAGUGAAACACCUGUCAAUGUGAAUAAAUUCCGGAAGGAUGAUGCACAGUUUGUCUGAAUUUCAUAACAGUACGAUAGGGAAAAUACUGUAUGUAUUAAAUGACACUGUCAUGCCUAAUUCUGGCUAUGGAACUUGGAUUAUAAUUGAUCUUGUU